AUGACAAUAAUUGUAAAAAGUAUAUCGGAUGCAAAGGGAGGCACUGGAGGGACUCUCUAUGAUGACUUUAAAGAUAUUAUUACUAAUCCAGCAUACGGUGGUUUCGCCAAUAUAAAAAAAAUAGAUGUUAAAGGAAUAACAGACAUUAAAAGUGAAGAUGCUUUAGAAUCUAUCCGAUUUGUCUAUAACGUAGUGACAAAAGAUGGAAAAACAUAUGAACAUCAAGGUACUAAGCGGGGAGGAGGUUUAGGUCAAACGUCAUUUGAUUUUGUUGUUAAUGGGGGGUUAACAGAGAUAAGAGGCAGAAGUAGCGGCACCGUAAGAUACUUGAUGUUAAAAACACCAAAACAAACACUUGAAUAUGGUAAAAUUAACCCAAAAGAGCAAGAAUUUGUUUUACCUCCGGGUGUUAUCUUUGGCAAUAGCGGUCUUGCUGUUGAUUCUAUUGGAGUAUAUGAGAUUGCAGAAGAAGAACAACUAGUCAAGACUGUAACAUCAACAAUCACUGAAACAAUAUCUAUCUCAGCAGCUCAACCAGAACCGGAGACAAUAUUUGUUGAUAAUCCUCGGACAAUUAUUGGUCUCAGUAUUCCCUUAGCAGUAUUAAGUGUACUAGUACUAGCGACUUUGUAUUAUAAAUAUAGAAAUAGAGAUAGUCUACUCAGGGUAGCUGGUAGUAGAGGCAAUGGAGGGGUUCUCUAUGAUGACUUUAAAGAUAUUAUUGGUAAUUCAACAAAAUAUGGUGGUUUCGUCAAUAUAAAAAAAAUUGAUGUUAUAAGUAUAACAGACAUUAUAAGUGGAGAUCUUUUAGAAUCUAUCCGAUUUGUCUAUAAUGUAGUGAGAAAAGACGGAACAUUAUAUGAACAUCGAGGUGCUAAGCGGGGACAAGGUGUAGGAGGUGAUGUUAAAACGCCAUUUGAUUUUGUUGCUUAUGGGGGGUUAACAGAGAUAAGAGGCAGAGUUGGAACCUUCAUCGUAGGCAAAGAACCAGUCAUAGGUUAUUUGAUGUUCACAACACCAAAACGAACACUUGAAUAUGGUAGAAAUAACACAUUGGAGCAAGAAUUUGUUUUGCCUCCGGGUGUUAUCUUUGGUAAUAGCGGUCCAACUGUUAAUUCUAUUGGAGUAUACGAGAUUGUAGAAGAAGAACAACUAGUCAAGACUGUAACAUCAACAAUCACUGAAACAAUAACCGCGACGGAGACAACAUUUGUUGAUAAUUCUCGGACAGUUAUUGGUCUCAGUAUUCCCUUAGCAGCAUUAAGUGUACUAGUAGUAUUAACGACUUUGUAUUAUAAAUAUAGGAAUAGAAAUAGAGACAGCAUACUCAGAGUAGCAGGCAACGGAGGGACUCACUAUGAUGAUUUUAAAGAUAUUAUUGCUAAUCCAACAUAUGGUGGUUUUGCCAAUAUAAUAAAAAUUGAUGUUAAAGGAAUAACAGACAUUAAAAGUGGAGACUAUUUAGAAUCUAUCCGAUUUGUCUAUAACAUAGUGACAAAAAAUGGAAUGUCAUAUGAAUAUCAGGGUACUAAGCGGGGACAAGGUAUAAGAGGUGUUGAUCAAACGCCAUUUGAUUUUGUUGCUAAUGGGGGAUUAACAGAGAUAAGAGGCAAACUUGACAUUCUUAUGGGUGGAGCUACAGUCGUAAAAUACUUGAUGUUCAAAACACCACAACAAACACUUGGUUACGGUAAAGAUGACCCGGCAAAGCAAGAAUUUGUUUUGCCUUCAGGCGUUAUCUUUGGUAAUAUUGGUACUAAUGUUGAUUCUAUUGGAGUAUAUGAAAUUGCAGAAGAAGAACAACUAGUCAAGACUGUAACAUCAACAAUUAUUGAAACAACAACAGGAUCUACCUCAACAGUUCUCUCUGUAACAACAGUAACUCCCUAUGCUGCAACGGAAACGUUAUUUAUUGAUAAUCCUCAGACAGUUAUUGGUCUCAGUAUUCCCUUAGCAGCAUUAAGUGUAAUAAUACUUACGACUUUGUAUUAUAAAUAUAGGAAUAGAGAUAGCAUACUCGGAGUAGCAGGUAGUAGUCAACAAUAA